GGGGGCUCGAAAGCGAAACCUUAACGGGACUUUUUGGGAGCUGCUGGGGGGCUGAACUGGGAGCGCCGGUGUGGAUCGGCUGUUGAUCAUUCCCAGGAGCCACACAGGGAGCACUGGUCUGUACUGGUCCCGCCAUGGCGCUGCCGUCCGCUGCUCUCCUGCCCGGUGUUCUGCUGGUGGCCGAUGCCCUGGCACUGGUGUUACUGGUGCCGCUGGUGCCGGUGCUGGCGCCGCUGGGCGUGGCGGCCAUGUGGCUCGAGGCCGCCCUGCGCCUGCCCGUCCUGGCCGCGGCCACGUGGCUGCUGGCCCCUCGCCGUCCCUCCGGAGCCACCGCGGCCGCCGUCACGGUCGCCGCCACCCCCGCGGUCUUCGGAACAUUCCGGCACCUCCUGGGGCCGCCCGGGGCCGGGCCGGGGCUGUUGGCAGCUGCGGCACCCGCCUGGCUCGGGGUCACCCACGCUGCUGCUGCACUGGCCCUGCUGGCCUGGGCCGCGCCCCCAGCCCCCAGCAGCGUCCCUGAGACCCCCGGAGGCGUUCCCAAGGCUCCUGGCUGCGUCCGGCGUGCUCUGGCACUGACCUGGGAGGAGCGGAAUGUCCUUGGAGCUGCUGUCCUCUGCCUCGUGCUGGCUGUCGUUGGGGAGAUGGCAGGACCGUAUGUCACUGGGAAGGUGCUGGAUGCCAUCGGGAAUGGGGAUGGAGUCACUGCCGGAGCUGUCGGGAUGGUGGCGGCUGCUGGAGCCACAAGUGUGCUGUUUUCUGGGUGCCGGGGGUCUCUCUUCAUGCUGUUGAUGGCACGUCUCCGUCAGAGCCUGAGCCUCCGGCUCUUUUCCCACCUGGUGCACCAAGACCUGGACUUCUUCCAGGGAACACCAGCAGCUGAGCUCUUGGCUCAGUUUUCCUUGGAAGUGCCACGGGUGUGCGAGUCAGCACCGACUGGAGCCAACCAGCUGCUCCGAAGCCUGGUGAUGGCCCUGGUGGUGGGGGCGUUCAUGGUGGGGCUGGCACCGGGGCUGGCACUGCUGGCACUGCUGGAGGUGCCCCUUGGAAUCGCCACCCACCGCAUCCAGAGCGCCCGCAAACAGGCACUUCAGCGGUCCAUGCUGGAAGCAUCUGCCCAGACAGCCUCGGGGGUGCAGGAAUCUGUUGCUGCCAUCGAGACAAUCCGUACCUUUUCGGCAGAGGAGGAGGAGGAGGAACAGCACAGAUGGAACCUGGCCAAGGAGCUGAGGCUGAAGGAGCAGAUGGAGCUGGAGCUGGCAUUCUUCACACUUGUCCACAGGGCGAUCCAACUGGCCAUCCACGUCAUGGUGCUCUUCCGGAGCCACCAGCAGCUCCGUGAUGGAUACAUCACUCCUGGGAUCCUCGUCACCUUCCUGCUCUACCAGGACAGAAUUGGUGGCCAUGUCCAGGUGCUGCUCUACGGCUUCAAUGAAUUCCUGACCAAUGCAGCUGCUGGACGGAAGAUCUGGGAAUACCUGGAUCGGAAACCCACAGGGAGUGUUGGGGGGACGCGGGAGCCCCCCGAGCUUCAGGGCCACGUCACUUUUCAGGAGGUCUUCUUCACAUAUCCUGGGAAUCCACAGCACCCUGUGCUGAAGGAUGUAACCUUCGAGGUGCGUUCCGGGGAGGUGACAGCACUGGCGGGGCCCAAUGGAAGCGGGAAGAGCACAGCCGUAGCGCUGCUGGAGCGGCUGCGGGAUCCUGGGAGUGGGACGGUGCUGCUGGAUGGGAUCCCACUGCCAGAAUAUGAACACCAGUACCUGCACCGGAAGGUGGUGCUGGUGGAGCAGGAUCCCGUCCUGUUUUCUGGAACCAUCCGUGAAAACAUCAUGCUGGGGCUGGAGCACUGCAAAGAGUCAGAGCUGCGGGAGGCCGCCACUGCUGCUGGAGCCAUGGACCUCAUUCAGGGGCUGGAGCAGGGCUGGGACACUGAGGUGGGGGAGCAUGGGGGCCGGCUGGCGGCAGGGGAGCGGCGCCGUGUGGCCCUGGCCCGGGCUCUGCUCCGGCAUCCGGCUGUCCUAAUCCUUGACGAGGCACUGGAUGACGAAGAUGACGGAGCGGCACAGCGCUGGGUGCGCACUGGGCUGGCCCAGACCGUGCUGGUUGUGUCCCACCGGCCACGGGUGUUGGAUGCGGCCGAUCGCCUCGUGGUGCUGGAGCGUGGAGCCGUGAUGGAGACAGGAACACCAGCGGAGCUGCGGGAACGCUGCGGGGCCUACAGCCGCCUGCUCCUUGGAGGAGGCAGCACUGGGCAGCCCGAGGCCCCCAGGAUGGGCAGCAAGAAGGGGGCUGCAUCUGGCAGGGAAUAAAGGAGAAUUAGACCCAGUGACCCCAUUCCUGGUGUUUGUGUCCCCAACCAGCUUCUGGUGUCCCCAGUCACAGUGUCCUGUGAAUCCCUUAUCCCCACAUCCUCUGGAUCCCAACUCCUUGUGUCGCCUUGGUCCCUGUGUCCCUCAUGUUUCCACUGUGUCCCACAGGUCUGGCCAUUCCCUGGAUGUCUGUGUCCUGUCCCCUGUAUCCAAGCCCCUCCAUGUCCCCAUGAUCCCUGGUCCCCAUGUCUGCUCCUGAAUAUGGGACACAGCGUGGGAAAUAAAUCCCAAGGAAUGGAUCUGGGCAUGGGUGUCAUGUCCUCAUCUCACUCCUGCUGUGCUCACUCCAAGCUCCUGGUGUCCCCAGUCCUUUCCCAGUGUCCUUAUUCCCAGUGUCUUCAACCCAGUUCCCAAUGUUCCCUUUUCUGUUCCUGGUUCCCUUAGAGGAAGUGCUUGGCACUGGAGGAGGGGACUGGGAUUUAUUGCCCAAACCAGGGUAUUUUUACACCAGAAUUAAAAAAUUUUGAAUAUCUGUAAUUCUUGU